AUGAAGUCUGGUCACUCUGGUACCCAGAACCCAAGAUGUACUAUCAUGACAUUCCAUCCAAGCAUGGAAGAAUUUGCAGAUUUCAACAAAUAUAUUGCUUACAUGGAAUCCCAAGGCGCACAUCGAACUGGGAGAGCCAAGGUAAUUCCCCCUAAGGAGUGGAGAGCCACACGGUCCUAUGACAACAUCAACGACAUCUUGAUCGCAACUCCCCUGCAGCAGAUGGUCUGCGGAAGGACAGGUGUGUUUACCCAAUAUCACAAGAAGAAGAAAGCCAUGACAGUGGGUCAGUACCACCGUUUGGCAAACAGUGGAGACUAUCGCACCCUACCCCAUUUUGAAGAUUUGGAGCAAAAGUACUGGAAGAACCUCAUAUAUGGUUCACCACCUAUUUAUGGUGCUGACGUCAAUGGCUCCCUGUUUGAUGAAAGCACGAAGUCCUGGAACACCAGCCACCUGGGGACCACCCAGGACCUGCUGGAGCAGGAAUGUGGAGUCCUGAUCCAGGGGGUGAACACACCCUACCUAUACUUCAGCAUGUAAACCACCUUCUCUUGGCACACGGAGGACAUGGACCUGUACAGCAUCAACUAUGUGCAUUUUGGAGCCCCCAAGACGUGGUAUGCUGUGCCACCCGAGCACGGCACACGCCUGGAAUGCCUAGCAUGGGAGCUCUUUCCAGACAGUGCAAGAGGCGGCAAGGCCUUCCUGCGGCACAAGGUAGCCCUGAUCUCGCCCCGCGAGCUCCAGGAUAGUGGCAUCCCUUUCAGUCAAAUACCCUACGGGUACCCUGCUGGCUUCAACCACGGCUUCCACUGCGCUGAGGCCAUCAACUUUGCCACCCUGUGGUGGAUCGAUUAUGGCAAAGUGGCCUCCCAGUGCUGCCGCAGGGAGGCCAGGGUCAGCUUCUCCAUGGAUGUCUUUGUGCGUAUCCUGCAGCCCGAACAGUACCAGCAAUGGAAACGAGGGCAAGACCGGGAGUUGGUGGACCGAGCAGAACCCGCAGGGCCUGCUAGGCUGCAAUCAACUCCAGGGCCAGAGCCCACGCCUGGGCUGGAGCCGAUUGAUGCAGACGCCCAAGCAGAAUCUGAUGCCCAGGCCCAAGUUGGUGCCCAGGCCCAAAUUGAGGCCCAAGAUCAAGCCAAUGCACAGGCCCGAGUUGAGGCCCAAGAUCAAGCCAAUGCACAGGCCCGAGUUGAGGUCCAAGAUCAAGCCAAUGCACCGGCCCGAGUUGAGGUCCAAGAUCAAGCCAAUGCACCGGCCCGAGUUGAGGCCUAG